AUGACGACCCUUACUAACGCUGGCCAUGGUCUGCUUCAAGUCCCUGGAUUUGGCUCAAUCCCCCUGACUUUUGAACUUCCCCCGGAGGCCUGCUUUGCUCAUGGGCUGGUUGGAUAUCGCCACUCGCCUCGGUUGACCAAGCGAGAGAUGGCUAUGCUCCGACUCAUGCAACGUAUCACAGAGCAUCCUGGGUGGGAUCGCGCGAUACUGGACUCGGAUGAAACCAAGAUUGCGCAGUGGUACCGGGACGCCACCGAAGGAACUGAAGGGUGUCUUAUCAGUACCGCCACAUGGAAUUGGUGCCUCGCGGAAUUACACGACAAAGCGGAGACAUGGCAGGCAACGGGUCAUCUCUUGGUUUUUGAUAGCUCCUCAGCCGUGUGUCAGGCCGAUUUGUCAAUGAUCGUCUUCCCGGAGGAAAUCCAAAAGGGGGUGGCCCGACUAGGGUCACAAGGAAGCCAUGAUUCCCCCAUUGUGGAUCCGUCUCUAUUUCCGCUAGUGUACGACCGCUCCCAAGUAUUAGUCCAGGGUGGACAUGUUUCCCUGGGUAAUUUAUGGGAACUAGCUGGGAAAGUCGCCAAAGAGCUGCCGAUUGAUCCUCUCGACCAAAGAAUAUGGCCCGAGGGUCAUUUAUCCCGCACUCCUGGAUAUGGAGGGCAGGAGAGCUGUUGGUCGAAUCGCUUCCAAUGGCUUCCCUGCGAAGUGCAGUUCAGUCCCGCGAGUUCUGAAAUGCCCAACAGCACCCCCGAUGUUCGGAUUACGUCAUAUGUGAAUAAUCUCCACCCAGACUACAAUACGGAGCUGUACAGACAGCUUGAGAGCCUAAUCGCAGGCUCAGUUUCUUCCUGGAACGAGAUUCUCUUCUACGGCAAUACUCGUGGCCGCCAUCCGCCACGCAUCUUGACAUAUGGUUGUCAGGUUCACAACAACAUGGAAUAUGACAAGAUUUUUCACGAGGUGUUCCCAGUGCUCACCUGGUCUGGGCUACGUGAUACCUAUGAAGAGUGGCAGGAGCUGUGUAACGUCGCUCGCGAGUACAUCACAGGUCCUGAGCCACCGAGAUGGAAACAGGCAUAUUCUAGCAAGCAUCAAAUUCUAUUACACGAUGUCACACCAGAGCAGUGGGACUGUCCAAGAGAUGUGCAUCGUGCCCUCAAAUCUAAACGGAGGCGCAGAGCCUGGUUCGACCAUCCCGAGCCCGGCGCCUCAUUUUCGUAUGAACAAUGGAGACAGGGUCAAUUUACAGGACGCGCGAUAAGCCCGCAGCGUGUUGGGCAGUUCCCGGAUCCACUCCACCAUGAUCAUAUUCCCGUACGACUGGAGCAGAACUUUCAGCAGGAUGGUCUCCAGGUCGUCGUGGAGAUUACCCGCAUCGAACUAACGCCGGAGAAUCCCGUGUAUUCCGGGGAUACUCAUUUCCACACCGAGGGGCUGCGCAAUGACCAUAUUGUGGCCACCAGCCUAUACGUGGUGGAAGCCAAGAAUGUAACCCAGGCCCGCGUGGCGUUCGAGCAUGAGGAUAAAGUCCACGCGGGUGAGCUCGAGUGCAAGGUCCCGGAGGCGCUAUCGACUGUCCUAGAUGUGGAUCACUGGGAAAUAUUUGAGGAGAGGCCUCCUCGGGCACUACAUACCUUCGGGUCAGUUCGGAUUACAGAGGGCCAUCUUCUGAGCUGGCCUAAUACUUAUCGGUCGAAGCAAGAGUCAUUUCGCUUAAGAGAUCCCAGUCAGCCCGGAAAUAUGACCCUCGUCAAGCUUCGUCUAGUGGACCCACAUUAUCGCGUGUGCUCCACACGCAAUGUACCUCCACAGCAGCAUGACUGGUGGGCUGCUGCAGCGCGGCGGGCAGCGAAUUUGGAUAACCGCUUGCCCGGGGAGUUGGUACUUUCCGUCAUGGAACAGGCAGACUGGUGGCCUAUGUCCGCAGUUGAGGCGCGGCGCUUACGUGAAGAGUUCCACGAUCAUCACGAGCGUGCGCGAAAGGCCAUUGAGGAGUGUGUGGGGCACCAUGUGGUACUCUUUCUUCCUUACACUGAAGGGGCGGCCGGGGAUGCGACGGAAGCGACUGCUGGUGCUGGUUACGAGUCUCCUUAA